GCAGGACUAAGAACACUUCAUGACAUUGGCCCUGAAAUUCGUCGAGCUAUAUCCUGUGACUUGCAAGAUGAUGAACCUGAGGAAAAUAAUCAUGAGGAAGAGGAAGAUAUAUAUAAAAGGAAUGGUGCCCUGUUCGGAAACCUUAUAAAUCAUGUUAGCAGUGAUAGGAGAGAUUCGUUUCAACAAAUCAAUACCACACACCGUCCCCUGCAUGUCCAACGGCCUUCAAUUCUAUCUGCAAGUGAUACUGAGAAAAAUAUGUACCACCAGGCCUCAAAUUCUAUAUUCCAUAACCAUCAUAAUCACAACUCAAUAGGAAAGCACGUUCCAAACUCAACAAAUGCCAAUCUCAAUAAUGCCAAUGUGUCCAAAGUUGCUAAUGGAAGGCACCCAAACAUUGGAAAUCAUGAACAUAGGUCUGAAAAUGGAUACCAUUCAUACUCCAGGGCUGAUCAUGAGAGGCCUAGAAGAUCAAACAGUAAGAGAACACGCUAUUAUGAAACUUACAUUAGGUCAGACUCUGGUGAUGGGCAUCUACCAACUAUUUGCCGUGAAGAUCAUGAAGUUCAGUAUUACUGCAAUGAUGAUCAUUAUAUGGGAGAGCAGGAAUAUUUUAGCGGAGAAGAGUAUUAUGAAGAAGACUAUAUGUUGUCAGGAAACAGGCAUACAUACGACUAUCACAACAGAUAUCACUGCAAUGACUUAGAUUUUGAGUGGCCAAAAGGUUACCAUCACCCACAUGGGUUUUUUGAAGAAGAUGAUUCACAGAUCUGUUAUGAUUCAAAAAGAUCUCCUAGGAGACGGUUGCUACCGCCAACACCUACAUCAAAUCGCCGCUCUUCCUUCAACUUUGAAUGCCUCCGCAGACAAAGCAGUCAAGAUGAGAUACCUCUCUCUCCUACUUUCCACCACCGCACUGCUUUACCACUGCAUUUAAUGCAACAACAGGUCAUGGCAGUUGCAGGUCUGGAUUCCAGUAAAGCUCACAGACAUUCACCAAGUCGUUCAACACGUUCCUGGGCCACCCCACCAGCUACCCCACCCAACCGGGACCGUACUCCAUAUUAUACACCUCUAAUCCAAGUUGACAGGGCUGAAUCUACAGAGCAGAUGAAUGGCAGCCUGCCUUCUUUGAAUAGGAGCUCCUGGUAUACAGAUGACCCUGAUAUUUCCUACCGAACAUUCACACCAGCCAAUCUAACUGUACCUAAUGACUUUAGACAUAAACAUAGUGACAAACAGAGAAGUGCAGACAGUUUGGUAGAAGCGGUACUUAUAUCUGAAGGCCUAGGGCGGUAUGCAAAGGACCCUAAAUUUGUUUCAGCUACUAAACAUGAGAUUGCUGAUGCUUGUGACAUGACUAUUGAUGAGAUGGAAAGCGCAGCAAGUAACCUUCUCAAUGGAAAUAUUAGCAAUGGGACCAAUGGGGAUAUGUUCCCCAUUUUAAGCAGGCAAGAUUAUGAACUUCAAGACUUUGGUCCUGGUUAUAGUGAUGAAGAACCAGACACUGAUAGAUACGAAGAAGACUUGGCUGAUGAAAUGAUAUGCAUUACAACCUUAUAGUAUUUAGCAAGAAACAAAUAAAUAAUUUUUAAUAACAGAAAAAGUGCCUCAUAGUUCAAAGAUGAUAGGCACUAGUUGGAAUGAAUAACUAAUCAAGCUUUGUACAAGUGAUGUCACACCUCAAGGAAGCCAUAAUUUAUUUAUCAGUAAAUGUCUCCAGGUUGUUGAAAUGUGAUCACAGCUGUAGUACAUCAAGUCCUUUACCAAGAAUCUUCAUUUCCUCAGUAGGAAUAGAGUUAUGUAAAACCAAGCUGAUUCUGUAGAUCCCAUUUCCAGAGGACUAGAGGAGAGUUCUGAGGUGUAAUAUCUUGCCUGUCUUUCAAACUUGUGCUGCUGUCAUUCAUAGUGAAGCAGGAGUUUCUGAAUGAAAAAUGUGUGUAGGUCUAGCACAAAAAUAUGUGGUGAAGACCACUAUGUGAGACAGGUGAUGGCAAUCAAAAGUGUCAUUACCUCAGCAUUCAGUGACAUAUCAAAUGUUCACUGCAUUCAGCAUAUCCGUUCUAAUAUUGUUUUCAAACUUGCCUCCUGAUUUAUUUUUCUUAAUGCUCUUCAAAAAUAUGUCAAACUCUACCUACCAGAAAUCAUUGGAAAAAAGAACCUAAAAACAUUUCUGUCAUAUGUAACAUUAGUUUACAUAGGAAAAUAUCAUUCAGAUAGUCUGUUUUAUGACUAUCAUGUUAAGGGCAAAUUAUACUGGAAUAAUUGCAUUCUUACUAAUGCACUUGCAACCAGGUUAAAGUAGAAUUAGUUAAGAUAGUUUGUUAAAAAUUAUAUAGUAGAAAUUACUGUAAAUGAAUUGUAAUAUACAAUAAUUUGUAUUUGUAAAGAGAUGUUCUAUAUUUUGUAAUUAUUGUACCGUAAUUGAACUGCAGCAAUAUUUAUGAAACCUAAUUAUUGUAAUUCUCCGCAGAAUUCUAGAUAUAAGUAUUUUUACUUGGAAUAUAUAGAGCUAUAGGAUAAAUAUUUAACUAGAGCCACCACUCAAUGUAAAUCUCUUUUUGGGUAAAGUGUCAGGUUUAGAGAAACUUGACGAUAUUCAGAUUUUAUAAAAUAUUUUGAGUCAAUAAGAAUCUCUCUUUACAUAAGGGAUGCACAGAUGUCUAUUUUCAGUCUUAUAUUCAGAAAGUUAAAAGAAUGGAAAUGAUCUCCUAACGUUUUUGACUGACAAUAAGCUGUGAUCUUUUUAUUAUCAAUAUCCUCAAAGUAUAGAUAAAUACUAGGUCAUUUUUUUCAAUUAAUUAAGCCUUCAUUGGUCUUGAGACAUUUAUAAUUUUAUCACAAUUAAACUGACCGAGUAGCCUAAUUCUAUAUUCGGAAUAUGAGGCAGAACAAUUUUGCACGUGGAUGAAAAUGUCUUAAUUCCAAUCCUGUAUACUAAUUAUUCUGCUCAUAAUAAAAAACAAGAUAAAAGGACUCUCCACAGAACCCCAAUCAGGUUCCUGAUAUGUAAAAAUACUACUUUAUUGCCUCUCCUCUUUUGCUGUUCUAUGGGCAGAUUAUAUACUUUAAAGGAUUUAUUUUUAUGCAAUUUAAAGAGGACUUAGGUUUUGUUCAUAAUGCAGUAAAACCCUGAUAUGAAUUCCUGAUACAAAUACAAUUUUGGGGGGAAAUGGCAAAAUCUUCUAUUUUAUUAACACUGAAUAAAAUUGACUUGCACUGCCAAGUUACCUUAUCAGGGUUUACCUGUACUUAACAAGCUAGGUAACAAUUCAGUUCACAUUUUUAAAAUGUGACAUAUAAAACAUGUCAAUAAAUAUUUUGUACAUAAUGAAAGUUUGCUAUGGAUACCUUACAGACCUCUUCUUGAAUCAUUCUUAUUUCAAAUGCCAGGAUAAUAACUUAAGGGUUUGUAAAUUAUUUCUUGAUCUACAUCAUUUUGUAUUAAAGCAAAUGCAAAAUGUUCUUCAGAAUAAA